AGUCGCUGAUAUUUGUCGCUGACUAGUUGAGUGGACACAACCAUAUUUGUACCGUUUUGUGGCGAUUUUUGAACCUGAAGCUUUUGAUUUUUCGACUGAUUGGAGCUGAAAUGAAACAAGGAUGUUUUGUCUUUAUCUUCCCUAUAAUAACGCUUUUGUGCGCUCCGUUUGGGAGUUCUGCAAUGCAAGAAUCUGACAGGAAUGCCAACGACACUGAUCACAUUAUUAAGCAGAAUUUUAAAGACCUCGCAGCCCAGGAAAUUGGUUAUAACUUUUUGCACGCGUACAGGACAGCUCUGAGAAAUGGUUGGCGUGAAAGUAAAGCGUCGACAGGACAGAACGAAGUUGUAGAAUGCGAUGAAGAUAUUUCAAAAAAUUUGAUGCAAUAUAUUGACGCUGUUGGUAAGCCAAUGAGUGGCAUUCUACGUGGAAAUAACUUUUGGCUUGGCUCAUACGGUGAAUGUCGAGAUAUAUCCAAUGCACAUUAUUGUACAACAAAUUUGGCAAUAGCUGUUGCUAAAUUAGGGACGAAAUUGAAGAACCUUAAAGUCAUCUGGGGUUUAUGUUUCCCAAAGAGUUGUACUGGUCAGGAUAUUGCAAAAAUUAUGAAACCAAUCUUAAAAGAAGUGGAAGGGCUUACCAAAGGCCUAAUAAGUGCUCAAAUAACUGGUAAUGUAGAUUGUCCUGCUGUGAAACCAACAUAUACCUCUGGUGUUAAGGGCACCUUCGUUCUCUGUGGUAUCCUGAUAUUCCUUUGUUUCAUUGGCACCGUGGUCGACUUAAUGGCUGAGACAUUUGACAUCUCAAUUCCUGCGGAUAAAGUAAGAGGUCAAAAUUACAUGUCAUUAAGCAACAAAACAACUCGAGAACCGGUAUUCAAUACUUCAAUUGAGGUGAAUGGUGGCGACUCUGCUACCAAUGAUGUGAUUGCAGAUGAUGUAGUUUUGCUUAAUUUCUCAAGAUUUUCAGUCAAAUGUCAUUAUAUUCUCACUGCUUUCAAAGCAAGUUUUGUUGGCCAAUUUUUUCAAUGUUUUUCACUCCUUCAAAACACCACAAAGAUUAUGAAGACAGACGUUCCACCAGCAGCUAUCAAGACAAUCAAUGGUAUUCGGGUGCUGAGCAUCACAUGGGUCAUUCUUGGGCAUACAUUUUCCUCUUUUGGUACUGAUCGCGUAGUGAACAGAUUGGAAAUUAACAAAGAUGGCCAGUUGCUUUCAGUGAUGGCAAUAAUAAGUGGAACAUAUUCAGUUGACUCUUUCUUUUUCCUAAGUGGCCUUCUUGUUGCAUACACCUGCUUCAGAAAACUUAAAGAUAAAGACAAGAACUUCAACUGGGUUCUCUUUUAUGUCCAUCGUUUUUGGAGGCUGACGCCAUCCUAUAUGUUUGUUGUUCUCUUCUCAAUUCAUCUCAAGGGUUUUCUGACUGAGGCUCCAAACUGGAACACACAGUUCACAGAUCAGUAUUGUAACAAAUACUGGUGGACAAACUUGCUUUACAUCAACAACUUCUAUCCAGUUGACUCUAGCAAGGGCAGUUGCAUUGGAUGGUCUUGGUACUUGGCAAAUGACAUGCAGUUUUUUGUCAUAACUCCGUUUUUAAUAAUUCCUCUGUUUAAGGUUGGUUGGCGGGGUGUAGUUCUAACUCUUGGUCUGCUUCUUGAGUGUACAGUGAUAACAGCUUUCAUUCACGCGUAUUGGGACAUUGAUCCACUGGCUAUUUUUAAAUUAUUGACUAAUCCUCUUGCAGUGGCGGAAUUUGGGAAAAGCGCAAAUGAAUACAUGAGAUACGUCUACAUCAAACCAUAUUGUCGUAUUCAAGUAUACUUGGUGGGGUUCCUCGUGGGUUAUUUCAUGCACAGAUAUAGCAACACAAAGGCUAGAACACCUGGCUGGAUCACUACUCUUCUUGGGUGGUCUGUGGCCGCGGUCGUAGCCAUGCUUCUAGUGUAUGGACCACACAAGAGUAUCUUACCGGGCGCUGAGGAGUGGAACGACGCAGAGAAUGUAUUGUUUGGAACAUUUCAAAGAUUUUUGUGGGGUCUGGUACUAGCCUGGGUUACUUAUGCUUGUCAUUAUGGCGCUGGAGGUGUAGUUCAAAGGUUCCUGUCCGCACGAUUUUGGAUUCCGCUCAGUCGGCUAACCUAUAACGUCUACCUCAUACAUAUUAUCAUCUUGACUUUGAUGAUCUAUGGUGCUCAAGGAAACAUACAUUACGAUCUCUACACAGGUACCUAUUAUUUCCUGGCGUGCGUGGUUCUGUCCUAUGGUGCUGCGUAUAUUUUGUCGGUUGUCAUCGAGUUCCCGUGCGCGAACCUUGAAGAGCUGAUUAUAAAGUACAUCAGGAAAGCUCGUAAGAGAGGAGAAUAGGAACUAGACCUCGCAAAGAUGUGUGACGUUUAUAUAGGGAAGAAAGUAAAUUGAAGUUAAGGCUGUCUCCUUGGCUUAUGUGAAGUUUUCAAACCCCUAUGUGAAGUUUUAUUCCGUUACGAUAUUGCAGACUUUUUAGUCAAAUUUUAGGAUGACUUAGCUAAUGAGAGGAUUGUUUUACUUUAAAAUUUUUCAAUUUAUGACGCGACGGCUGGGGAAUUUUUAGCUUUGGCAGAAAUUAAAAAACUGAAUUAAAUGAUUAGGAAAAUAAUUAUAUAAAGUAUAGAGUAAAAAUUAACUUUAAUUAUUAUGAUCUAUUUACUAUAAUGAGAUUUGUUCAGUAAUAAUAUACAAGUAUAGGUAUUUUUGUAGGCCGGACUCAUACGAGUUUACAAUAAAACGCAGAAAUAUACUACAGGAAUAUGAUAAAAUCAAAAUCAGGAUUUUAGGUAAUCUGGUCAAACAG